AUGGCGCAGACAAAAGACAAGGCACCAAUUCCCUCAAUUGAGGUGCGCUUUAAGGGUGUCAGAAAAAUGCCCUGCGGAAGUUAUAUAGCUGAAAUCAAAGAUUCAAGCCAGAGGAGAUAUGUCUGGCUUGGAACUUUUAAUACUGCGGAAGAAGCUGCCUUAGCGUAUGAUACAGCAGCCAGGAAAAAGUAUGGCCAAAGGGCCAAAACUAAUUUUCCUUUGACAACUGAGGAAUACCUCCAAACCAUCAAGGAUUUUCUUUCGAGGGUUAAUAAUAAAAAUGUAAGUGAUCAUAUCCUCCCAUAUAAGAGCAACGAUAUCGGGUCGUCUUCCAAAACAGGUGGUGAUGAGUUACGAUUUCGGUUACCCAAUCAGAACCCUAAUGAGUUUCGUCGUUUUACGACGAUUACUGGAUGUUCUGUGUGGAUGUCGAUGGUGCACGAUAAGUGCUUACUGGAGGCUUUAAUGAAAGAAGGAGUGCUACUUCCAGAACCGGAGAUCAAUAGCCAAAAUGUGCCUAUGGAUGUCACGAUUAUCGAUGCUAACAACGACGAGAGUACUAAUGAAACUCUCAACCUUGAGCUAUGCCUUGCACUGCCAGGAAGCAAGUAA